GACUUUUUCGAGAUGAGUAAUUAAAUCCAAAUGUAGAAUAUAUCAGAAUUUUAUAUGAAUUUGUGCAAGGCCAAAAAAAAGAUAUUAGUUUUUUUUCUUCGAUACGAACCCCAUAAGCCGUAUAAGUUUUGAAGUUUUAUUGACAAUUUUUCUCUUGGAACCGUUCACAAAAUUAAUCAGAUAUAAUUAAUAGUACUUGGAUACUUGCGGACCUCCCAAAACCGUAAUGGUUGGUGAUCUUUGCUUAAAGCUUCCAUCCGUCAGAGAAAUGGCAUAGGCUGAUAUACUGAUAAUAACCACCCAAGAGCCAUUAACUUUAACAUUUCAAAGGGCUACUGGAUCCAAAAAAAAACAUGUUGAUGUGUUAAGUGUGUGUUGCAGGCGCGGAGUCGAUGUGCAUGCCGGACUUCCUGCCGGUGCACCCCGGGCGGACGUCGCCGGAGCCCGAGCAUCAGGACGAGCAGAUGCAGCAGAUCAUAGCCGAGCUGGAGCGGACCAGAUCUGAGUUGUUCACGGAACGUUCCCGUCGCUCUCGCGUGGAGGAGGAGUUGUCUGUGGCGCGGGAGGCGCACACGCAGCUGCGCGCUGAACUGGCGCGGGUCCGACGCGCGACUCGCGAAGACUCACACGCCUCGGACGCCGCCACGCCGCGAUCAUCAGAUAGUGAAGCAACGAUAGCUAAAUUGAAGAAUCAAAUUAAAAAAUUAAAGGAGGAGCUGUCGUCCUCCCAGGAGGAGGCGCGGCAGCUGCGCGGGCGGCAGGGCGCCGCCGCCGCCGGCCUGCGCCGCGCCUCGCGCGUGGCCGAGACCUCGCUCAGAGAACUCCUGGCUGGCUUGGAACAGCUGAAAACAUUGAGCACCUCAUUAGACGGGACAUGAUGCUGAGCCCCCCCCCCCCCCGCGACUCAUGCAGGACCCCGCAUAUGCGAUGCGCGCCUCAUGCCACGCUGUACAUAUGCCUGCGUUGUUGGUCUCCUAAUAUGCGGACUAGUACACAAGUUCGAUUUUAGUUAAUAUUCUGACUGUACGAUAAAAAACAUAUACUGCAACCGUUUCAAAUAAGAAACAGAUUAAAAAAUGUAUAUACUUAUUAUGUCGUGUACGAUUCCUAGUAUAAUUUUCGUUGGCCAAUCACAGCCAAGUGCGCGCGCAUCGUAUGCGGGUUUCGGUAGUUGGAAGCUACUAGCGUUCUCUCCCCACAUUUGUUUAUGCCUUGCGUAUGACUUAAUAUAUUCCGAUUGGACUAAUCCGAAAAUAUAUAUAAAAAGUGAACAGCCGUCAUAGGUUUUCACAAUCAACGCUAAAAUAGAGAUGUCGACUUAAGUAAUCUUUCAAAAAUCUCUUCAAUCCGUCAGUUAAAUAGUAAUAUAUUAAAUAUGUUUUUUUAAUUAUUUUAUCUGUCAGUAAACUACUAAGAUAUCGCCAAUUAAGGUUAUGGAGUUGUUGCGUCACUGCUCUAAAUUUUGUCGUGAAUUGUUACGUCAUAGAGUAUUUUAAUAUAAUGUGUCGCGGUAAAUUUGUGAUUAUCUUGGAGAUAAAAUAAAUGUAAUGUAAAUAACAGAAGUUAAAUAUGCUUUAUGUAAAGUAAUUUCUCUCUCUAAUUCCAAUCGGAAUAUAUCAUGAUUAAAAAACAAAUAUUAAUUUAAAUACAACGAUCAUCGAAACUUAAAUUAUGUAUAGUAUUAAAACUCUUCCAUUUUCUA